AUGUCCUUAGGAGCAGCCUACUUAGACACGGAACCGAUCCGCCAUGCUUCUGAUCUCAUCAAUUCUAUGUUGUUGUCACGUGCAUACACUGAUCAGAAGAUCCAGUUCACAACUAUAGACUGGGAUGAUCUUAUACGAGAUCAAGUAUUGGACAACGAAGAAGUUCCCAAAAUUAAUGAGCUCAAAGUCACAGAGAAGUUGUAUGAAAACGACAGAGCAACUAUCAACAUUAUUCAUUCUUUACUCGUAGCAUUAGACAGAAAUCGUGGGCAGCAGAAAUUGUCCAACCAGACUAUUCAUCAGAAAGAUGCCACUAUAGAGAGUUUAAAAAGUCGAAUACUGUUGCUUGAAACACAAUUGGCGCAGUCAGAGAAUAAGGUGGACAAAUUGGUUCAUUUUGACCAAAACGAGUUGAACAAACGUAUCACAGACUUGAGUCGACACAAUAAGAUCCAGGCACAAGACCUAAAUAAGCUCAGGAAUUGGGCUGGAGAUAUAAAGACGAAGUAUAGAGUCGAAUUAAAAAAGAAGACGCUUGAGAUCAGCGAAUUGAAAAACAAACUUUUGGAAAAGAGAAAUCUUUCAUCGACUCUAGUUUACGGAAUACCGUCUUCUUCCAAUGGACAUGUUGGUGCAAACAAUGAUGAUUCAGCCACUAUCAAUGCCAAUAUAAUAUACAACAAUAAUCCCAUAAUAGAUAACACGAACACAUCCACUAAUAUUGUGAAUUCGCCUAUAACUCAACAGAUUCUAAAUCUGGAACAUGUUGAAUUGUCUUCAAAUUUCACUUCUGUGAUAGACAGCCUUGCUUCUGAAAAUUACAAGUUUUCACGAUUAAUUGAUUCCAUCAAUGAAUACUACUACGAGUUUAACAAUCAGCUCUCUGACGUUAAGUUGCGAGACAUAUCUGCGGUUGUUAUACCGAAUCCAUCAGAUAUAAUCGAUCUCCAGUCUAUUUCUAAAGUAGAACCUGGGGUAAUCCAGAGAUACCUAGACGAACUAGAAUCUUUCGAUGUUCUCUCCAAGCCUAUAUUGAACAACAUAUACAAAUUAUAUCAUAACUUGACGAAUCUAGUCUUCGUCUUGGGAAAUUCUUCUACGACAUUUUCGCCAGACAGAGAUAACACCAGAAGUAAACAACUAGAAAAGGACUUAGAUAUUAUGACAAGAAACUGGAAGGAUGCAUUGAAAACAGCCGAAAAUUGGCGAAACAUACAUCAAAAACAUAUUGAACAGGAGAAUAAAUAG